ACGAGCCGGAUCAGCGGGGUGAGGGGCGGGGCCCAGCGUCACAGAUCGCCGUUCCCUUCCCCCACAGCCUUGAUAAGGCCACCCCCAGCUCCUUUGACGCAGGUUAAGUGAGACUGCAGAAACGUGCACCAUGGCCAUGACUCUGGGUUACUGGGACAUCCGCGGGCUGGGGCAUGUCAUCCGUCUGCUCCUGGAAUACACAGACUCAAACUAUGAGGAAAAGAGAUACACGAUUGGAGACGCUCCGGACUAUGACAAGAGUCAUUGGCUAAAUGAGAAAUUCAAGCUGAGCCUGGACUUUCCCAAUCUUCCCUACUUGAUUGAUGGGCCUCACAAGCUCACCCAGAGCAAUGCCAUCCUGCGCUACAUUGCCCGCAAGCACAACCUGUGUGGGGAGACAGAAGAGGAGGAGAUCCGCAUGGACAUCCUGGAGAACCAGGUUAUGGACACUCGUAUGAAUUUUGUCAUGCUAUGCUACAACCCUGAUUUUGAGAAGCUGAAGCCACAGUACUUGGAGGAGCUCCCUGACAAGAUGAGGCUCUUCUCAGAGUUCCUGGGGCAGCGGCCGUGGUUUGCAGGGGACAAGAUCACCUUUGUGGAUUUCCUUGCUUACGAUGUUCUUGACCUGAACCGUAUCUUUGAUCCUAAGUGCCUGGAUGCGUUCCCAAACCUGAAGGACUUCAUGGCCCACUUUGAGGGCCUGAAGAGGAUCGCUGCCUACAUGAAGUCUAGCCGCUUCCUCCCAAGACCUAUCUAUACAAAUCAAGCCAUGUGGGGCUAUAAGUAG